AGAAAGUUCACCGUCCUAAACCAGGAGCUAGAAGAGGAAACAGCACCGUUGAGAAAACUUCGGGAAAAAUGGAAUAAAAUCAUGAGGAGUUAGUUUAUAGACGCACCAGUCGCUGCAUCAACGAACGAUCACAUGGAUUUUAACAGAUAUAUGCGCUGGUAUUUGAAGCCGACAAUGGUGUAUUGUAUAGACGACUUUUUAAAUUCCAUGCCAUUCCAUUGAAAGUAGGAAUUUAACUCAUGGAGAAAGGACCAAGUCGGGAGUCAUGAGCUCAGGUGUGAAGAAGCCACCAGUGGCUCCUAAACCCAAACUCACACCCUCUACCAAACCAUCACCUCCUCCCAUCCCCCCCAAACCCGACCUGCCCCUCUCACAGCCCUCCGUCCUAUCCCAGCCCUCUCCUGCCGCACUGAAGAGAGCUAAACCUGUCGUGGCACCAAAACCAUGCCUUCCUAAAAACCCUUCUCCCUCAGUUGCCCUUCCCAAACCCAGUGUGCCCAACAUCUCUACUCAGGAACAAUGUGGGGCUGAAGAGGACAACCUCUCCCUCCUCAAUUCCAAAAAUGGGAUUGUUGAGCCCAGCCGUUGCCACUCAGACUACAUCAUUCCGAUUUGUUCCUGUGGGCUCCAGAAAUGCUUGCUGUGCCAACGACUAGGGAAUGGAAGUGGAAAUGCCACGGAGAUUAGAAGUGAUGUCCACAGCCUGUGUCAGAAUGGAAACUCCACAGAAGGUUCCAGAACGCUGGUGACCAGACACCAAGUCAACACAGACAAUGGGGAAGAGACCGUUGGGGGACAGAUGGGUGGAGGGGUGAUCAACAACCCCAAGCACAAGGACAAACCUCAGAGGCCUGAGAGGCACAGGAACCUAGAGAAAGUUCAGGCGACAACAGAGGGACAGAGGAGCGAGCAACGACCGCAGGGUGAACAGGAGGUCCUGAGGGGUCAGUCUGGCUCAGUUGACCACUUACAUGCUUCUCCAGAGGGGCCAGAUACCGAGACACACUGUGAGGCUCCUAAAGAACACACUGACAUAGACACCUGUAACACAGACAGUAUUGACAUCAAUAAGAUGGAUGUUGUCUCCCCAGCUCUAUGCCCUGCUCCUCGGCCUGCUUCCCCUACUCUCCCCCCUCCUCCUCAGCAGCCUUCCCUCUCUACCCCCUCUCCUGAGGCUGACAGACAGCCCGACAGUCCUCCCCCCCAUAUACACAGCAGGGCUCAGGCUCCCAGGUUGCCACCCAGCCAGUAUCUCCCUGCAGCCCCCAGUAAGCCCCUACCGGUGCCUCUGCCACGCAAACCUAGGAAAUUCGCCCUGGUGAGACAGGUUGGCCUGGAGGGCAGCACCCAGGAGUCGGCAGCAGAGGAGGGUACGCAGGUGAAUGAGGCUGGGGACACUGAGGGGAACGAGGGUCCGGUCCUCAGCGUUGUAGGUGUUGAACACGCAGAUGAGUUGUCUGAAGACUCUCCACCCAUUCAGGACCUGGAGGAGGUGGAGGAACCUGAUGCGCCUAUGCCCCCGCCUCGACAAAUGUCCCUCUCCCCACGCCUCCACAGAAUGUCAUACUCGCCCCCUUGCCUCAACAGGAACACCUCCCACUCUCUGGACAUGCUCUCUCAGCAGGAGCCUUCCGCACUGAUCCCCGAGGGGAAAGGAGAUGUCGAAGAGGAGAAAAACGAAGAGGAAGAGGAUGGGUAUGGCGACUUUGAGCGUUACCCCAUCACACGCAGUCUACCCAAACAGAUCAAGCUCAGCUGCCACCCGCCUCUCGCCACAGCACGGAAAGCCAGCUCCAUGGAGGAGAACUCCCCCAGAGCCCCGCCCAGGAAGCCUCAGAGACACAGCUUGCCCGCACCGGCCCUCCUGUCCAUCUGUCCCCCAGCCCCUCCACAUGCCAACACCCCCAUGAGGGAACUCCCUGCACCCCCCCAGGAGAAGGCAGGCUGGCGCUUCCCCCGGCCCAGCGUGACCUUCUUCAGCAGACAGGUGUCCAGCAGGAGCAGUGUGCCCCCCAAGGCUCGAGUGACGCUGGGGGGGAAGCAGAGGGCACAGUCCUUCUCUGCAGCUGACCUGGCUCGCACAGACGGCCAGAAGAGGAGCCUCUCCUUUCGGAAGCUCCUAGAGCUCCCACUGUCUGUCAAGAUGCUACCAAAGCUUCUGGUUAGAGGGGGGCAGUCUCUGGACUGUACCAGCGCAGAGCCAGAUAGGGGGCAGAACACUCUGGAGCAGCCUAAUGGCAGCAUGGGGGUGCCAAACGGGAGUGGGGAUGUGGGAGAAGGCUCAGUGGAGUACGAGAACGUUCCUUUGUAUGAGGAGAUACCGGAGUACAUGAAUCUGCCUUUCCACGGCGCACGGCUGGGCUGGAAAAACAGUUUGGAUGACCUAGACACACACACCGAUGUCUACGAAGUGCAAGAUCCCUAUGAAAGCCCUGGCAACUAUGAGAGAUCGCAGGGCAGUGAUUAUGAGAGGGCCUGGCUGAGGCAGGACGGCCCGCAGUCAGAGGAGGAAGGCCACAGCUCCGACGAGGAUGACAACAGCUCCACCUCCAGCAAAGAACACCUGGACCCAUUGGAAGAUAAACAGCAGGAGGAUGAGGUGAAGAGGAGGAAGGUUGUUCACAUAGCCCAGGAGAUCAUGAGCUCAGAGAAAGUGUUUGUGGAUGUCCUGAAACUACUUCACAUAGAUUUCCGGGAUGCAGUUGCCAAGGCGACACGUCAGAAUGGGAAGCCGGUUGUUGAGGAGCGUAUUCUCAACCAGAUCCUGUACUACCUGCCUCAGCUGUACCAGCUCAACAGAGACCUGCACCGGGAGCUGGAGGAGAGGGUGGCUCACUGGUCAGAUCACCAGAGACUGGCAGACAUCUUUGUCCAGAAGGGGCCUUACUUGAAGAUGUACUCCACCUACAUCCGCCAAUUUGACAACAAUGUCGCCCUUCUGGACGAACAGUCCAGGAAAAACGCUAGCUUUGCUGCAGUCGUUCGAGAAUUUGAGAUAAGUCCCCGAUGUGCCAGUCUAGCCCUGAAACACUACCUGCUCAAACCAGUUCAGAGAAUUCCCCAGUACCAGCUGCUACUGACAGAUUACCUGAAGAACCUACCUGAGGACUCCUCGGAUUAUAAAGACACACAAGCUGCUUUGGGUAUCGUGAAGGAAGUGGCCAACCAUGCUAACGACAUCAUGAAACAAGGGGAUAAUUUUCAAAAGCUGAUGCAAAUCCAGUAUAGUCUGAAUGGUCAUCAUGAAAUUGUGCAGCCUGGCAGGGUGUUCCUGAAGGAGGGCACUCUGAUGAAGCUGUCCAGAAAGAUCAUGCAGCCUCGGAUGUUCUUCCUGUUUAAUGAUGCCAUGCUGUACACCACUCCAGUCCAGUCUGGCCAGUACAAACUCAACAGCAUGCUGUCUCUAGCAGGCAUGAAGGUCAGCAAGCCCAGUCAGGAGGCGUAUCAGAACGAGCUGAACAUCGAGAGUGUUGAACGCUCCUUCAUCCUCUCCGCCAGCUCAGCUACUGAAAGGGAUGAGUGGCUGGAGGCGAUUGCCAAGGCGAUAGACGACUACACCAAGAAAAAGAUAACAUUCACAUCCAGCCGCAGUCAGGAGGAGUCUGAUGGUGUGCUGGACAGCGGGGCUCCGCUGGGCUCCAAGGCUCCUAUCUGGAUCCCAGACCUGAGAGCCACCAUGUGUAUGAUCUGCACCUGCGAGUUCACCCUCACCUGGAGACGACACCACUGCCGUGCCUGUGGGAAGGUUGUGUGCCAGACAUGCUCCUCAAAUAAAUACUAUCUAGAGUACCUGAAGAAUCAGCCUGCACGUGUAUGUGACCACUGUUUCGCCAAACUGCAGGAGAACAGCGACCGCUGUGCGUCAGCAGCCGUGUCGCCCAGUGGGAAGUCUGCAGCGUUCUCUUUCUCCAGGAAACAGAAGAAGAUCCCAGCUGCACUCAAAGAGGUAUCUGCAAACACAGAGAACUCCUCUAUGAGUGGCUACCUACAAAGGACUAAGAGCAACAAGAAGCAGUGGAAGAGGCUGUGGUUUGUCAUCAAGAACAAAGUCCUGUACACCUACGCUGCCAGCGAGGAUGUUGCUGCCCUGGAGAGCCAGCCAUUACUGGGCUUCUUCCUACGGGAGGAAAAGUGUGGACCCUUCCAGAAGUUGCAGUUUAAAUUGUACCAUAAAAACACCCUGUUUUACAUCUUCAAGGCUGACGAUAUCCCCACAGCACAGAGGUGGAUAGAGGCUUUUCAGGAGGCCAUGAUUCUGUGACACAGCCAUCUUGGAUCAGUACCAGUCAACUCCUGCCCAACACCUGGAGCCAGUUCAAGCAUCAAUCUAUCCUUACCACAGGUCAGGGGUCACCAGCUCAGGAAGCUCUCACCAUACCCUGGGUGGAGUCCUGUCACUCCACAUGUCCCCACCGUCCUUCCAGACACUGCCAGACAAUGCCAGACACUGCCAGACACUGCCAGACACUGCCAGACACUGCCAGACACUGCCAGACACUGCCAGACACUGCCACCGUCAGUGGUGCCCAUAGCAGGCAGCACUGUAUGAUCAAUGUGUUUUUUAAAACAGGGCAUUGUUGUGUCAGCAUUAUUAUUUACAUUUCUUCCAAGAGCCGCCCUGAAAAACAAGUGGUCAAGCCAUGCUGAGAGGUAAUGGGUGUUCUCAGGCUGCUGGAGCUUCAGCUCUAAGGCAAGUGGUAGUGAUACGUCACAGCUGUGGGUCAAAGUUCAAGUCCAGAAGUGUGUGCGUGAAAGUGUCAUGGGUUUAUUGUUGGAGGGCGGUGUGCUACCUUUAGUCAGGUUCCUACUGCCACUUUAAAUCCUUGAAUGACUUUGAGGAUAGUUAUGACUGGGUUUUAAAGAAAAAAAUAUUUUUUUCUUUGUUUUGAAACUUAUUAUGGUGCACGUUAUCAACAUAGUUUGUCAAGAGUCCAAAUGAGAACACAGGAUCCAUCCACUUUGAAAUGAGCACCUUGUUAUAACAUACUCUUAACUGAGGAAAUAGACUGAAAUAACAUGGACAAUGACAUCAGUGGCAUCCUUUAAUGGGGAAUUAUGAUAAGGCUUUGAUGCAUUGAUAGGGAUUGGAUUCAACUGUGAAACAAUUUGAGACAGAAAAUGGGUAUUAUGUGGGUUUAAAAAAAAGCGAAAGGUAUAAGUGUCUAUCUGAGAUUCUGUUUAUGAAGUGCCUCUGUUAUAGUCUUGCAAAACAAUUAACAUAUGUAUAAAAUGUUAUACUGGAGAAAACUGGAAAUCACAUUAAUGUAGAUUUUAACUACAUGCCAUUAAGUGUUUAAAGAUAUUUUAGACAAUCACCACCAAAGUGGUUUUAUCAAAAUUGGGAGUGUAACAUUUAUCUUUCUUGUCAGGGUUAAUAUUUAUAGUUUUGUACAUUUCUCAUUGUCCAUAAUUUUGUUAUCAUAUACAUUACAUGUAUUUGCCAUGACAUUUGUAAAAGCACAGGUUGCCUCACUUUACUUUUUUUGUAAAUGUAACAAAAUAUAUCGUUGUGGCAGUUUUUAAAUAUUUUAAUCAAGUACUUCCUCUAAUUUUUUAGCAAAAUUAGAUGGUUUCACAAAGAGGUUGUUUACAAAAAACGUUUUCUAGUCUUUUGUUGCAGAGAUGGUUUGGAUCUUUUUAGAAAAAAUGCAUGAUCAUCAAAGGCCAUAUUUCAAUUGAUAACUAGGGACCAUAUGAAAAUAAGUAUUAUAAGAUGCUGCACCAUCAUACAGUUACUGUAUGUUGUGCCUUUAACUCGCUGGCUUAGUUCCAGGCAUACGUUGGCCGGCUUUUGUCAAUUAAGGAUGUAAAUACCCAUAAUGUAUUUAAGUGUCAUUUGACAGAAGUCAGAUGUACUAAUCAAUCAGGUUGCCAUAAUUUGCACUACUCCAUUGUGGCCUGGGAAAUGAAGUUUAUUACACUGAUGGAGAAUAAAACUACAAAUAAUUUAAAGUGGCUAAUAUUCACCCUUUUUCUAGAAUAGAUCCCAAUCAUACAUUUGCAGCUACAGUGUCUACUGUAUACAAUGUUUUUACGUAACUGUCAGGCAACAGUUUUUAAUAAAACUCCAAGUUCUUUGCUUCUUGUCUCAGUUGAAUGCGUUGUGAAAUCAAGGGGUUGAGAAUACAUAUAGUUAACAUAGCAGUCACAGUCAUUUUUUGAGUACAGAUUUGUGAGUACAGAUUCAUGUAGUGGCAAUUCUUAAAUAGCUUGGGGUUGUGUGUGUGUGUAAAAUGUCCCUGCUGUUCCACCUUUUUCUUAUUUAUAGCAAGAGAUUAAAGCGCUCGGUGCCGACUGAGAUUAAAGAAUUGAAUGACUCAAUACAUACCCGCGGCUCUGAAUCUCAUGCUGGGUUUACCGCCAUCUCAGUCUCAUUUUAAAUUGGAGGAAUUUUCUUUUGAAAACUCGUGACAGUAUUCAGACUUGCUUUUGCAUGUAUUGCCCCCAACAUA